CUCUAUGGUAAUGGCACACUCCAACACUCCAUUAUAUUAUCGGUCUGAUGAGGAUGAGGUGUUAGCUUGUUCGUCUCACCCAUAUCAUUUCUUGUUAGGGGAGAGAAUCAGAUGCUAAACUGUGCGCUUCAACGGGGAUGAUGAACUCCCUUAUACGGAAGCUCGCCACUGUGUCGAGCGAGGACAUCGAUGUGAGACCCUUGGAGAGGAAGAUCAUCAGAAUUAACUCUGAUCGCUUGUUGAAGGUGAUCCAUCAUGUGGGGGACGCCCAAGCCAUGGAGUGGAUGCGGCAAAUCCUGGAGGUGGCCUACGACGUGGAGGAUUGGAUUGAUCUGUGCAUCCAUCUCCAUGGGCGCGUUAGAGCAGAUCAACUGGAACGGAUAGAAGAAUUCAUUGUCCGGAUAGACAACGUGGAAGAACGUCUGAGCAGGUAUAAUCUUUUAUCAUAUAUUGGACGAAUUUGAACCCUAUUCUGAUUAUCCUCCUCUGAGCCAAUCACCCAUCGGUGAUAAUCCUCACAUGCUCUAUGCGAUGGAGGAAGACUUGAUCCAUCACUGUGAACGGAAAGUCCGGCUGAGAAGGGACCUUGUCUUGAAUUUGAUGGAUAAGCUGGUGGUGGAUUCCGACCAGCAGCUGAAGGUGCUUUUCAUUCUCGGGGAUAGGGGUAUUGCCUGUCAGAUCAACCAUACUGAACUGUACAUCAAAUCAGGCGGCGAUGAGCACCAAGUCAUUGAUAACUUCAGGAAUUUCCUCAGAAAUAAGAGGUACUUCAUUGUAAUUGAUGAUAUUUGGACUACAACGGCAUGGAAGGCUAUCAAAUGUGCUUUCGCUGACAACAAAAAUGGAAGCAGAAUAAUAACAACGGCGCAAAUCGACAAAGUAUCCAGAUUAUCUUACAGGCAUCACACUGAUUUGGUCGUUAUGCUUGGGGGUCUCAGUGAGGAGGAGUAGAGAAUAUUAUUUGACAACAUAAUAUCAGCCAGUCAAAGAUAUUUGUUGCCUCAUUAUCAGUUACAUAUUGGAUUUAAUGCACAUAAUGAUAUGCUAGGAUGCACGCCUUUGGCCAUAAGGAUUGCAGCUGGUCUGUCACUGUCAGCAUAUCCUCCUCCUUAUUCAUAUACUUCAGCUUUCAAGCAAUAUCCCCUCUUACAAGGGAUAAAAAGGAUGCUGCACAUCAGUUAUGCUUAUCUGUCUUUGCCAUUGAAGUCUUGCCUUUUGUACUUGAGUCUCUUUCCAGAAAAUUGUACCAUCUCGAAAGGUCGGUUGAUACGGAGGUGGGCAGCUGAAGGUUUUAUUGAUGAAAGAGAUGAAGGUAGCAUCUGGGAAACAGGGGAGAGUUAUUUUAACGAGCUUACCAUCAGGCAAUUGAUUAUGCGGGAGUUUAUUGAGGACAAGACUAGCAACAAUAUUGAUCUGGAAGAUGGUAGUGGAUUCGCAGUGGGCUGCAAAGUUCAUGGUCUGGUUCAUGAUUUCAUUGUGUCCUUGUCCAGUCGAGAGAAUAUGGUCACAUCUGAUGCAGAGCUAGGAUCCAUGCAGCGUGGUGUCAUUCGGCGUCUAACCAUAAAAAACGACUUCAGCAGUAUCCCAAAAGACAGCACCCAGCCGUCAGGCUCAGGCACCAUGGAUGUACAAUCCAUAAACAGAGCACUUGCUUCCGCUCAAAAAGGGAAAAUUAGAUCACUUGCUUUUCUCGGGAAUUCGAGGCUUCUCUCUGACGUCGUUGGAUUCAAGCUUUUGAGGGUGUUGGAUCUGGAAGAUUGUAAGAGCUUGGGAAACGAGCAUGUCCAAAAGAUCCGGAGUUUGUUUCUACUGAGAUACCUGGGCCUUAGAGGGACCGGUGUCACCGAGCUCCAAGAAGACAUUGGAGAACUCCAUGAGUUGCAGACCAUAGAUGUGAGGAGAACCCGCGUGAAACAGUUGCCUGUAUCCGUGAAUGAGCUAAAGAAAUUGGUGUUCCUCCUGGGAGAUGGUUUGCAAGCACAGGCUGGUAUGACGGCUAUGCAAAACCUGGAGGAAGUAUCGACGAUCGAUGUCAGUGAGAGAAGCUCACUCGACAUGGUCUCAGAGCUGCUAGUUAAGUCGAACUAGGAAGGUAGCCCGCGCAUACGAGCGGGCAUGCACCGUACGUAGGAUAAAUUUGAGAAACUUAUAAAGGCGGUAUACCAGCGAAUUAAUAUCUGCAAUGUUUUAAAAUUAUGUUUUUUUCCCAUGAAUUUUCUUCGUUAGAAUUGCAUGACGAAUUUAAUUGUUAUUUAUAAAAUUAUCUAUUGGAGAUUA